AUCCCGUGUCAUUCCCAACUUCUUAAAACAGUCACGACAAAUCGGGUUCGCUAAAAAACAACACGCAUCCCCACACCCUCUUCUCUUCCUCUCUCGAUUUCGUCUUCCAAUUUCACAAUCCUCUCUCUCCCCGACGAUCACCGGUUACUGUAAGUAUUCGGCCGGAAUAUCUAUCCGCUCUCCGUCGUCUAACUUCGUAGUUCUCCCGUUUCUUCUCGAUCCGUAAGCGACAUGAAUCCCGAAUACGACUAUUUGUUCAAGCUUUUGCUCAUCGGAGACUCUGGUGUUGGAAAAUCAUGUCUACUUCUGAGGUUUGCUGAUGAUUCAUAUCUUGAGAGCUACAUCAGUACUAUUGGAGUUGAUUUUAAAAUCCGCACCGUGGAACAGGAUGGAAAGACCAUUAAACUCCAAAUUUGGGAUACGGCUGGCCAAGAACGUUUUAGAACAAUCACAAGCAGCUACUAUCGUGGGGCUCAUGGCAUCAUUGUUGUUUAUGAUGUCACGGACCAAGAGAGCUUCAAUAACGUCAAGCAAUGGUUGAAUGAAAUUGACCGCUAUGCAAGUGAAAAUGUUAACAAGCUUUUGGUUGGGAACAAGAGUGAUCUCACAGCAAACAAAGUUGUCUCCUCUGAGACAGCAAAGGCAUUUGCUGAUGAAAUUGGGAUCCCUUUUAUGGAAACAAGUGCAAAAAAUUCCACCAAUGUUGAACAGGCUUUCAUGGCCAUGGCUGCUGAGAUCAAGAAUAGGAUGGCAAGCCAACCGUCCAUGAACAACGCCAGGCCUCCAACAGUGCAGAUUCGAGGACAGCCCGUUAACCAGAAGUCUGGCUGCUGCUCUUCUUGAAGAAAGAUUUAGCCUUAUUGGGGUUGUGAUGUUUAGUUCUUUUUCCCUGUGGCAUGUAAAACCAGCUACCAAAUUGGCUCAGUUGUGUAGAAGAUUAUUGCUAUGAAUUUCUGGGUUGCCAAUUCAACACUUUGUUAGAACUUUAAGUGUAUUUGAUUUAAAGUAACAUUUGUGCAAAGCAGUCAUAAUAAUGCGUUGCAGAAUUUCACCCGUAA